AAAAUUGUUUCUGUUAAGAUUUCAAAUCAACACCAUUUAGAAAAACAUGAAAAACAACAAAACAUAGCGAGACAGCCCCCUGUUCCCUCUCGGCCAUCACCGCAUUUUUUCAGUGCCACAACUCUUCCAUCCUUGUGGUCUGGGAGACCAUGGCGGGAGGCGAGGGAAACACUCAGUACAUCGCCACGGCAGAGGCAAGCGACAGAACCUACUUGUACUGCAACUCCACCGACACUCACUGCACUCUGUGGGGAGCGCGCUGUGAUCUACGCUACACCAUCAUAGUGGCCGCAUCCUCCGACCAUUGCAGUGGUCUUCGGAGUCCGCCCUUCAGGAUAAGCAUGGAGCCCUGCCCACCAAGAGAGCUGGUGGUGAACACGUCCUGCGGGGACAGCGGUGCACUGGUGUCCUGGAGGCGCUCCCCAGUGGCCGAGGACUACCUUGUUACUGCCAGGGCUUCCGAUGGCCACAUGCCCACGUGCAACACCAGCUUUAGCAACUGCAGCCUGUCCGACCUCCACUGUGGCCAGCAGUAUAUGCUGUCUGUGACUGCUAGCCAUCAGAACUGCUCAAGCAGGGCCAGUCAAAAUGUCACCUUUAACACAGUGAUAUGCCAACCAGACGUUCUCUCAAUCAGCAUCCACUGUGUCAAUCAGUCGGCAGUGCUCUCCUGGACCCCCGUUGGUGAUGUGGUGGGAUACUCAGCCUCUGCUGAGAACGAGGCAGGCCACAUGCUGUUCUGUAACAGCAGCUCAGAGCCCACCUGCACCAUGGGCGGCCUCCAGUGUGGAUCCCAGUAUAACUUCUCCGUCCAGGCCUCUGACGGGACCUGCAACCGCUCCAUCAGUGAGCCAGUGCUGGCCGGAGGAGUCCCAUGUCCUCCAGAAGAUCUUCAGGUGCAGCUGUUGCCCAUGGAAAGUGCAGUCCAGACACUGCAUUUUGAGUGGUCCCAGGUUGCAUGUCCAGAUGUCCAGUACCAGCUGAUCUUGACUGGCAGCAUAUUAGGGGACAGCCAAGCACAGUUUGAGCUCUCUUCAUAUUGGACAAACUCAACCUUUUUUGAAAUGCCCCUCCCCUGCGGCUCAUCCUACCUGGCUACGGUGCAGGGCAGAGGACCCGCUGGCACCAGUGCGCCAUCUGAGGCUUUAAAUGGAACUACAGCUCCAUGUUCGCCUGCAAACGUGACUUUCAGAGGCAGUACUGCCUCAGCCGUCCUCUCAUGGUACGACUCUGUGUUCGCCACCUACUACACGGUGUAUGACAACCGGACGGCGCCCCCGAGCCAAUUGUGCAACGUCACUGAGCUCACCUGCAGCCUGACUGAAGUCCCUCAUGGCAGCGUUCUCAUCACUGCCAGCAACGCAGCGGGCGAGAGUGAUUCGGCCCCUGUCGAAAGAGUGAUAGGAGGAGGACGUAGGAGGAGGGACCUCAGGGACAACAACAAGGCAGCCCUCUCCGUCCCCAUAGUGUCGGUCAUCGUGGAAGGGUCGACGGUCCUGGUGGUCAAAUGGCCUCCAGUCAGGGGAGUGGACUUCUACAGCGUUGUCAUCAGCCAGCAGAACAACACUCAGACCCUGCGUGUGGAUGGGGAGAAAACCAUGCUGACUGACCUCAGCCCAGACUCCACCUACUGCCUGUCAGUGCGGGCAGAGAGCUCCAGCACUGUAGGGUCUUACUCGAAGCCCCAGUGUGUUCAAACAGCAUAGAACCACCGGCUGGGCAG